AGCUUUCGUGCUUGAUUGUUCCUGCAUUCGGAUGUGGCCCCAUGGGUCUAUGUGACAAGUUAAAAACCAGGAUGAUUUGAAGAAUCUAUUACAUCGCCCUGAGCUGAUCUCAGUUUUCAGUAUGGCAACUAGUACUGACCCGUUUCCCCAACGCUUACCCACGCUGGAUCUGCUGGGGGUCACUGAUCCGUCCAAUGUCUCCUCGUCUCAGGUAGCCACCGAGUGGCUCAACGCUUUCUCAGCUGCAAUAACUCAAAAUGAUACCGCAGCUGUCGCCGACCUCUUUCUCGAGGAUGGCUUCUGGAAGGACGUGAUCGCACUGACUUGGGAUUUCAGGACAUUCGAAGGAAGGAAGGACAUCAAGAAACUCUUGGAUGCUCGUCUCGCUGCUACGGGUCUCCAUGAACUGCGUCUCUUACAGGAGCCCUUGAAUGAACCUGUGCUCCAAAAACAUGGCAAGGGGACUGCGGUCGUUUAUCUCGUUCCCCUUCCAGAUUCAAAGUGGAAGGCCUACACUCUAUUGACCUGUCUUGAUUCAUUGACCGAUUUCCCUCAAAAGCUCGGUUUCCUCAGAAACAGAGAGGCCGAUCAUGGCGGUUGGGAAGAGAAGCGGCGCCAAGAGACCGAGUUUUCGAACAAUGACCCAACAGUGAUCGUCAUCGGUGCAGGACACAAUGGCCUUGAGACCGCGGCACGCUUAAAGUACAUUGGCUACAAGAAGCCUCGGGUUGGGGAUAGCUGGAGAGACCGUUACAAGGCUCUUUGUCUGCAUGACACGAUCUGGUCCAAUCAAACGCCUUACCUGAACUUUCCACCAACAUGGCCAGUCUACACCCCAGCUGCAAAAGAUAUGCAAGUUUUCCUCGAGCUCGACGUUUGGACUGCCUCGACGAUUAUCAAGACGUCUUGGAACGAUAGCACGAAAACCUGGACUGUCGAGGUCAAUCGCGGCGGUAAAGGUACUAGGGUUCUAACCGUUAAGCACCUCGUUUUCGCCACUGGAUCUGGCGGUCGCCCGUAUGUUCCCGACAUCCCUGGGAAGGCAAGCUUCAAAGGGUCUGCUGUGCACUCAUCAGAGUUCAAAUCCGCAGCUAAUCAUGUCGGUAAAAAAGCAAUCGUAGUCGGUUGUUGCAAUUCUGCGCACGACAUCGCUCAAGAUUUCUGCAGUCACGGCGUCGACAUCACAAUGUAUCAACGAUCGUCGACGUUCGUGAUCUCGGCGGAGUCGGUAGCAGCAAUGCUAGGCGCUGUCUAUAAGGACGACUUCCCCACCGAGCUGGCUGAUAUUUAUAAUACCUCACUACCUUGGGCAGUUGUUAGGCGGCUGCAUCAACGUGUGGUUCCUAUGAUUGCUGGGACCGCAGACAAGGCAAUUCUAGACGGAUUGGCUAAGGUUGGCUUUAAGACCAAUCUUGGCUUGCAUGGAGCAGGUCUUUUUGCACUUUUCCUAGAGCGCGGUGGUGGCUACUACAUCGAUACUGGAGCGAGUAAAUCUAUCAUCGAAGGGGACAUCAAAAUCAAGAACGAUUCCGCAAUCGAGUCCUUCACGAAAAACGGCCUUCGAUUCGCUGAUGGCACUGAACUGCAGGCAGAUGUCAUAGUGUUUGCUACGGGUUAUGGCGAUCCCCGUGACUUUAUGCGCGAGGUCUGUGGAGAUGAGGUCGCAUCAAAAAUCACCAGGGUCUGGGGUCUAGAUGAAGAAGGGCAAACUGCGGGAGUGUGGAGGUACUGCGGGCAUGAUGGUCUGUGGUUCGCAAAUGGUAAUUUGGGUCUAUCGCGUUUCCACAGUCUCCAUUUGGCCAUGCAAAUAAAAGCGAUAGAAGAAGGUAUCUUGAAUAAGGCGGAUAUAGUUGUUUGAUGAUGUUUCGAGAAUUUGCUCACGAUCGGGGCUCGAAGACCUGUAAAAUGUACGAGUACUCAUUGUGCUGAAGGUUAUAUGUACAAUAAAUUCAAGAGAAUUUUCACCGGA